AUGAGAGACGCUCGUAAACUGUGUGGUCUUACUGUUCACCAGAAACUGGCUCGUUCUUCUGUUUCUUUGGCGUUGGAUGCUCAAGACAAUCAAACACUCACAAACUCCAAUUCACAACCCAAAUCUCGGUCCGAUAAAACUGGACUCGGAGUGCAAUGUCCAGAAUAUGCAUUUAAAGAUACUGAUGAAAAGGGAAGAUCAAAUGGCAGUAUUUCUAAUGCCAGUAAGCGAAAACAGGCUCAUCAAGCACCUGCUGACUAUAGAGGAAAGGCUUACUUGGGCGUGCCCUCUCCUGCUGAUCCAUUCUCGGUGUUUGUAUGGUAUGCUGCCCGCCAACCUGAAUCGGAUCCAGAAUUUGUGUGUGUAGAUAUUACCGUCGAUGGGAAACGAUCUCCUGGAUGGGUUAUAAGAUCUGGUAGGAAGCACGGAGUCUCUAUUGGCCAGAUUAUGCAUCGAGGAAAACCUACUUUGUUUGAAUUCAGUCCUGCCAAAACCAAUUCAAGCGUCAAACCUACAGCACAUCGUCCUGUUUUGGCGGGUACCAUUGAAGCCAAAUUUUGGAGAGUCAUGAAAUUGGAUGGAUCCGCGGUUCCUCCUGCCAAACGACAAAAGAAAGACAUAGAUCCGGAAAACACAGCAGAUGUAACGGACAGCGAUGAGGAUGAUCCCACUGAAUAUAUUCCUGACGAGGGUGUACCUGCUUUAUGCGUCCUCACUCUUCAUUACAGAGAUAUGACAUGGCUAACGAGUAACUCCAAUUCUGGAAAUACCGGUGUUUUUCGUGGUAGUCGUACUGCAUUCAAUGAUGUUACGAACCAGCGAACCAAUUUGAGUCGAGGAGAUACUUUGGCAAAGAACAAUCUUGAAUCCACUUCUAGUAAGGGAUUGGGCAGUGUCACCGCGACUACUUUAAAAAGUGACUGGACUUUGAUUCAUGAACCAUCAAAAAAAGCUUCCAAUGCUUUGAUCAUGUCUGAGCUUAGUACCACUCUUAGUUCUCCAAUAGUCUCAAAGCACCAUCAGAUGAAUUUCUCUUGUCUACAAAGCUCUCCCAUGCAUCCAAACAAUCCAUGCACACCUACACACAAUAGUCUGAUGGGUCCUUCAUCUCAUCCCGUGUUUUCUACCUUGUUCCCCGAGUGUAAUCCAAUGGCAAUUGACUCACUUUGUUCUGUGACCAGUAGUCGAAACACGCACAGUUUUGAAGCUAUAGAUCAACAGCAAGAUGGUUGGAAAUCUCCAUUGGUAUCAAAGUCAGAUAUGACAAUGUGCAAUUCACCAAUUGUUGCUAUUGAACCUGACAAGUCCAAGCCCGAGUCUUUGCAUUUAUUGGAGUCGCAUCAACAGCCAUGUAGUGAUGAGGAGCAAAGUCAUGAUGUUUCAAGCACACGCAAACAUUCUUUAUCUACUCUUCUGUUUGCAGUGGAUACAAUUUUAUCUCCACUAGUAAUGUCUGACAGUAACCAGACUUUAUCUACUACUCAGUGUUUGGCUCCAUCUGUGCCUCAAGCUCAAGCAAGUUUAAAGCAUAUCACUCCGAAUCGAUCGCGCAUUCCAAUCAGUAUUCAUCAAUCUUCAAAAGAGCAUCAAUCAAGUGUAUCUGAUAAUCCAACCACGUCAGCAAAACUUAUCACCAUGGGCCGUAUUGCUCUUUGUAUCACGGAUACCAAAACCAGCUUAUUGAACACGCUUUCUCGAUCUGUACGCAAGCUUCUCAAUACAGAUGGAGAUGUUUGUGUAAUGGACACUAAAUCCUGUAUAAAUGGGUCAAGCCAAAAUGAUGAGUGUCUGGAUGUGGGUGGGGUUGGAAAGGCAGGCGUUUGGGUCGAGUCUAGUCUUUCUGAGUGUGUUUCAUUUAGCAAGAUAAGUGAUGCCUGCGUGAGUACCAUCAAAAGCAUUCAUGUUGUAUUUUGA